AUUAUUGUUGUUUACUUUUGAAUUGGUUAAGCCGCAAUAAAAAAACACGCUGUUCAUCUUUGUCGCCAUCGAUCGUCGUCCAUCGUUAAUUUAUUUGUUUUAAAUUGAGACUUUAUGACAACGAUGUGUUUUUUUUUUGCAUAACUAUUUGUUUUAAAAGAGUCUAAAGAUAAAUCAGAAAAAUAUCAAAGAACCCAAGAAAAGAAGAAAGUAAAAAAAUAAAAAAUUGUCAUCCAUAGUUAACCAUAUCACACUUCUUACUUCUUAUAUACCUUUGCCGGCUAACAAGUUUUUGUCUUAUAAGAAGUAAUAAUAAAACCAACAGUACUUAGGCCAUCAAGCUUAGUUCUGUUCUGUGCAUCGUCUCUAACUGUUGAGUGAAGAACUUUUGUGUGUCCGAUAUAUGUAUACAUUUGGCCCGACUUAUUUGGUACUUAAGGCGACAUGAAUUUAAUCUUGCUUAUCAUAGGAUCUGUAGUGCUCUUGCAAGCCUCAAAAGCUGAACGGACACGUGCCGAACUUGAUGCAUCUUCAUAUCUGGAAAAACUCAACAAUGAGAUCAAUCACAUAGUUAACAUCGAAACCGAAGCCUCGUGGGCUUUCGAUUCAAACAUCACCGAUGCCAAUGAAAAAAUUCGCAAUAAAGCCUCAGCUGAGAGGGCAAAGUUCAUGAAACGAACUGCUGCAGAGUGUAACCAAUUCGAAUGGCAAAGAUUUGACGAUGCUGAUUUAAGACGACAAUUUAAAAUGUUAACUAAACUUGGAUAUGCUGCUUUGCCCGAGGAGGAUUACGAAGAACUUUUGCAGGUUUUAUCUAAAAUGGAAUCAAAUUAUGCAAAGAUCAAAAUUUGUAACUACAAAGACAAGGAAAAUUGCAAUAUGCAAUUGGAACCUGAAAUUGAGGAGCUAUUACCGAAGAGUCGUGACCCUGAGGAAUUGAAGUAUUAUUGGCAAAUGUGGUAUGAUAAGGCUGGAACAGCGGUUAGGGAUAGUUACAUGAGGUACCUGGAGCUUAAUUUACAAGCGGCAAAGUUGAACAACUACACAUCCGGAGCUGAGUCAUGGUUGGCUGAAUACGAAGAUGAUACAAUCGAGCAACAGCUUGAAACAAUUUACUCGGAAAUUCGUCCUCUCUACGAACAAAUCCAUGGGUAUGUCCGAUGGCGUUUGAGGCAGGUCUAUGGUGACAAGAUUGUUUCCGAGAAGGGACCGAUUCCGAUGCAUUUGUUGGGUAAUAUGUGGGGCCAAACUUGGGGUGAGAUUGCCAGCAUUUUGACACCAUUUCCCGAAAAGCCAUUGAUCGAUGUCACUGAUGAAAUGGUUCGUCAGGGAUAUACCCCAAAGAAAAUGUUCGAAAUGGGCGAUGAGUUCUUCCAAUCCCUUAACCUCAAGAAAUUACCACCUACAUUCUGGGAAAAGAGCAUUAUCGAAAAACCAACAGAUGGUCGUGAUUUAGUCUGUCAUGCAAGUGCUUGGGAUUUCUAUAUUAACAAUGAUGUCCGCAUCAAACAAUGCACCCGAGUGACUCAGGAACAACUUUUUACAGUGCAUCACGAACAAGGUCACAUUCAAUACUUCUUGCAAUAUAAACAUCUUCCACAUGUCUACAGAAAUGGUGCCAAUCCGGGAUUCCAUGAAGCCGUUGGUGAUGUCCUGUCACUGUCGGUUUCUACACCAAGACAUUUAGAGAAAAUCGGUCUUUUGAAAGACUAUAAAAUGGACGAAGAGGCACGCAUAAAUAAACUUUUCAUGACCGCCUUGGACAAGAUUGUAUUUUUGCCAUUUGCCUUUACUAUGGACAAAUAUCGAUGGUCCUUGUUCCGUGGAGAAAUAAAACCAGAAAACAUGAAUUGUGCCUUCUGGAAAUUAAGGGAGGAGUACUCAGGUAUUGAACCACCAGUUGUAAGAAGUGAAAAAGACUUUGACGCCCCAGCAAAGUAUCAUGUAUCUGCUGAUGUAGAAUACCUUAGAUACCUCGUGUCUUUCAUCAUUCAGUUCCAAUUUUAUAAAUCAGCUUGUAUUAAAGCUGGCCAGUAUGAUCCACAGAAUCCUGAAUUGCCCUUAGAUAAUUGUGAUUUCUAUGGAAGUGCAGAAGCUGGAAAGGCUUUUGAAGCUAUGUUAUCAAUGGGGGCUUCAAAACCAUGGCCCGAUGCAAUGGAAGCAUUUAAUGGGGAACGUCAAAUGAGUGGAAAAGCUAUUGCAGAAUACUUUGAACCAUUGAGAAUCUGGUUAGAAGCAGAAAAUAUCAAAAAUACCGUAUUCAUUGGAUGGACAAAAUCUGACAAGUGCCUAGCAUAAUAUAAGACCAAAACAAAGACAUCACAAAUCUUCAUUUUACAAAAAAAAAAAAACAUUUCCAAAAAUUCAAGGACAAAUCAAAUUUAAAAAGAAAUAAAUCAUUAUACUAAUUAAAAGACGAAUAAAAUAAUAUCUAUGUAUAGUUUUUAAGAACUAA